AUGAGCAGCCAGUUGAAGGUCCCGGAGCAGGAAGGUGAUGGGUCCGCGAGGAGACCCUCCAGGAAGCGUACCCCCAAAGCCCAGGGCACGCCGGGCAGGCGCGGAGGCCAGCGGUGCCCGAAGGAGCAGGCCAGAGGCAGCCCACGCCCGGGGUCUCCCCAGAGGAAGCCGGCAGAGCGCCGGAGACGCCGAGAGGAGCUGGGGGCAGCCGAGCAGAGCAAGGCAGAGAGGGCCUGCGAGGGGAGGCAGAAGAGGGAAGGGAAGGCUUCCCUCAAGGAGCAGAGAGCACCCCCAAAGAAGGAAAAGGAGGUUCCAAGGAAGGAGGAAAAGUGGACCCAGCUGAAGAAACACAGAUCUUCCUCCUUGGCCUCCAUAGCCUCUGGCGGGGAGUCUCUGCAGGAGGAGGAACUGGCCAGGAUCCUGGAACAGCUGGAAGAAAAGAAGAAGCUCAUUGCCACCAUGCGGACCAAGCCCUGGCCCAUGGCAAAGAAGCUUAUGGAGCUCAGGGAGGCCCAAGCGUUUGUGGAGAAGUAUGAAGGAGCCUUGGGAAAGGGGAAAGGCAAGCAGCUCUACGCCUAUAGGAUGCUGAUGGUGAAGAAAUGGGUCAAGUUUAAGAGAGACUUUAAUAAUUUCAAGACUCAAUGUAUUCCAUGGGAAAUGAAGAUCAAGGAUAUUGAAAGUCACUUUGGUUCUUCAGUGGCAUCAUAUUUCAUCUUUCUCCGAUGGAUUUAUGGAGUUAACCUUGUCCUUUUUGGUUUAAUAUUUGGCCUAGUCAUAAUCCCAGAGGUACUGAUGGGCAUGCCCUACGGAAGUAUACCCAGAAAGACAGUGCCCCGAGCCGAGGAAGAAAAGGCUAUGGACUUUUCCGUCCUUUGGGAUUUUGAGGGCUUCAUCAAGUAUUCUGCUCUCUUCUAUGGCUAUUACAACAACCAGAGGACCAUCGGGUGGCUGAGGUACAGGCUGCCCACGGCAUACUUCAUGGUGGGGGUCAGCGUGUUUGGCUACAGCCUGAUGAUUGUCAUUAGAUCGAUGGCCAGCAACAGGCAGGGGAGCACAAGCGACGGGGAGAAUGAGAACUUCACAUUCAGCUUCAAGAUGUUCACCAGCUGGGACUAUCUGAUCGGGAAUUCAGAGACAGCAGACAACAAAUUUGCCUCCAUCACCACCAGCUUUAAGGAAUCCAUAGUGGAUGAACAAGAGAGUAAAAAAGAAGAAAAUAUCCAUCUGACAAGAUUUCUCCGUGUCCUGGCCAACUUUCUCAUCAUCUGCUGUUUGUGUGGAAGUGGGUACCUCAUUUACUUUGUGGUGAAGCGAUCCCAGGAAUUCUCCAAAAUGCAGAAUGUCAGCUGGUACGAAAGGAAUGAGGUAGAGAUCGUGAUGUCCCUGCUUGGGAUGUUUUGUCCCCCUCUAUUUGAAACCAUCGCUGCCCUGGAGAAUUACCACCCCCGCAUUGGACUGAAGUGGCAGCUGGGACGCAUCUUCGCACUCUUCCUGGGGAACCUCUACACGUUUCUCUUGGCCCUGAUGGAUGAUGUCCACCUCAAGCUUGCUAAAGAAGACACAAUAAAGAACAUCACUCACUGGACUCUGUUUAACUAUUACAACUCUUCGGGUUGGAAUGAGAGUGUCCCCCGGCCACCCUUGCACCCCGCAGAUGUGCCUCGGGGUUCUUGCUGGGAGACAGCUGUGGGCAUCGAAUUCAUGAGGCUGACAGUGUCCGACAUGCUGGUGACAUACAUCACCAUCCUGCUGGGGGACUUCCUACGGGCCUGUUUUGUCCGGUUCAUGAACUACUGCUGGUGCUGGGACCUGGAGGCUGGAUUUCCCUCAUACGCCGAGUUUGAUAUUAGUGGAAAUGUGCUGGGUUUGAUCUUCAACCAAGGAAUGAUCUGGAUGGGCUCCUUCUACGCUCCAGGCCUGGUGGGCAUCAAUGUGCUGCGCCUGCUGACGUCCAUGUACUUCCAAUGCUGGGCCGUGAUGAGCAGCAACGUCCCCCAUGAGCGUGUGUUCAAAGCCUCCCGGUCCAACAACUUCUACAUGGGCCUCCUGCUGCUGGUGCUCUUCCUCAGCCUCCUGCCGGUGGCCUACACCGUCAUGUCCCUCCCGCCCUCCUUUGACUGUGGGCCCUUCAGUGGGAAAAACAGAAUGUACGACGUCAUCCAAGAGACCGUUGAAAACGAUUUCCCAACCUUCCUGGGCAAGAUCUUCGCUUUCAUUGCCAACCCAGGCCUGAUCAUUCCAGCUAUCCUGCUGAUGGUCCUGGCUAUCUACUACCUGAACUCAGUUUCCAAAAGCCUUUCCCGAGCAAAUGCCCAGCUGAGGAAGAAAAUCCAAGUGCUCCGCGAGGUGGAGAAGAGCCACAAAUCCAUGAAGGGCAGAGCCACAGCCAGAGAUUCAGGGGACAAACUUAAAGGCAGCUCCCAAAGCGCCGCACCCCUCCCAAUCACCAAAGAGGGAACCACACCUCAUUCUGCCAGCCAAAGUCAGAUCCUCGACAAGAAGGCUCAGGGCCCUGGGGGCCCCAGCUCUGCUGGUGGGCCCACACUGCCUGCCUCCCAGCACCAACCUGUGUCCCAGCCCCCUGGAGUCAGACGAGAUUCUGCCCAACCCCUGCCACAUUCUCAUCCUUGGAGGUCAGCUUCUGGAAAGAGUGUGCGGAGGCCUCCCCACUGA